UUGCGUGUUACAUUCUGUUAUAUUAUGGCAAUAUCACUGUUAUAUGACUGUGUUUGCUGGGAGAUAUCAUGAAUCAAAGAAGCGAGAAAUGAAUUUGUACUUUCGCGAGAUACGUCUAAAGACCCAAAGAUGACAAUGACACUCAUCAGUACUUGUGAUAGAUGUGUACCUUUUAUUAAUAUCGAGCUCUGAAUGAACAUCCUUCAGGAGCAAUCUUGUCAUUCAGAUUUGAUCUACCUGAAAUGCGUGACGAGAUUUACAUGUUCAGGUGCUGAGAGCAAUGGACAGGCGAGCGAAACUGAUGGAGGCCCGACAAUUUGACUGGGCGAUGGCGGAGUGUCUCGCCUUCAGCAGUUUGCUGAAGGAGGGCCAUCACGUUAGAUUGUCCGGGCAGGACGUCGAGCGCGGCACCUUUACCCAACGGAUACACAUUGUUCACGAUCAGAGCAGAGACAAGACCUACAAGAAUAUCCUGCACGACGUUUUCCCGGGGCAAGCUUUGUACACCGUUUCGAAUUCGUCAUUGUCGGAGUACGGCGUUGUAGGAUUCGAGUUGGGAUAUUCGGCAUACAAUCACAAUACGCUGACGCUUUGGGAAGCACAGUUCGGCGAUUUCGCGAAUACCUGUCAGGUCAUACUAGAUUCAUUAUUGUGUUCCGGACAAACCAAAUGGGGCAGACAGGUGGGAUUGGUACUGUUACUGCCACAUGGCACGGAGGCUCAAGGGCCUGAACAUUCGUCUGCCAGAUUGGAGAGAUUCCUUCAGCUGUGCGAUGACGAGUGUACUCACGUGCCCGGAACGGAGCCCGGAGCUCCUAGCGGCGAGACUAUCGAGCAGAUCAUGACCAGGCAGCUUUUUGAGAUAAACUGGAUUAUCUGCAAUAUCACAACACCUGCCAAUAUGGUACACGUUCUGCGUCGGCAGAUACUGAUGCCGUUCCGAAAACCGUUGGUAAUUAUGAGCCCGAAAUCAUUGCUACGUCACCCGAUGGCGGUAUCGAACUUCGAGGAGAUAGGACCGGGCACGAGCUUUAAGCACGUUUUGCCCGAUCCCUAUGUGAAACCCGGGAACGUGAAGAAGGUGCUGCUUUGUACCGGCAAGGUGUAUUACGAUCUGAUCGUCGAACGGCAAGAGAGACAACUGGAGGACAAGAUAGCGGUCGUCAGAAUCGAGCAGAUUAGUCCGUUCCCGUAUCAUCUCGUCGCGAACGAAGUGGCGAAGUAUCCAGGAGCGAAAGUAAGAGACUUUCUGAAUUAAGUAUAACGCGGCUGUCAUCGAAUGAAUUAACGUUGACUUCUUUCUGUCAACGGAGAGUAACAGUUUGUUACCACACGGAUUACGUAUGCAUAUAGA